AUGGUAGAUGUUAAAGAAAUUCUUAAGUCUAAGAGGUUAGUCUUGGAUGGUGCGUUAGGGACAGAGUUGGAAAGACUUAUCCCCAAAGAUGAUGAAAAUCAACCCCGACGCAAUUCAUUAUGGUCAGGAUAUGUAUUGCUUAAACAACCAGAAUUGGUUGAACAAGUUCAUCAAAGUUAUUUACAAGAAUCACAGGUUGAUUUAUUGAUAACUUCAACAUAUCAAACAUCAUAUAUGAGUUUAAAAAUCUUUGCUAAAUUAAGUGAUGAAGAGAUAAUUCAAUUAUGGGAUAAAUCAAUUACGGUGAUUGAAUCGGCUAUUGAAAAGAGUGGGAUAGAGAAACCAAUUUAUAUAAUUGGAUCGAUUGGACCUUAUGCAUCCUAUUUAUGUGAUGGAUCUGAAUAUACGGGUGAUUAUAAACAAGUUCAACCUAAGGAAUUGAUUAAAUAUCAUCAACCAUUAUAUGAAUAUUUUAUAAAUCAUAGCAAAGUUGAUAUUAUUGGAUUUGAAACUAUACCAAAUUUUGUUGAAUUAGAAAGUAUAUUUGAAUUAAUUAUCAUUAAUCCUAAUCCUAAGAAAUUAUUUUAUAUUAGUUUUAAUUUUAAUAAUGAUAAUGAAUUAGUUGAUGGAUCUUUAAUUGAAACAGUGAUCUUAUAUAUAAUCCAUCAAUUAAAAUUAAAUCAAUCCUUAUUAACUAAUUUCUUAGGAAUUGGAUUGAAUUGUAUUGAUUAUAGAAAGAUCACAUCGAUCAUAACUAAGAUCAAUCUGAUUAUCUCAUUACAUGGAGAUCAAAUUAAUGAUUUGAAUUUGAUAAUUUAUCCCAAUUUAGGGUUUGAAUAUAGUGAUGAGACUGAUGAUUAUAGAGUUAACAAGCAAGAAACACAUUGGAUAAAGAGUAUAAAAGAAUGGUUACAGUUUUCAAAUGUACGGAUCAUAGGUGGUUGUUGUAGUACUGAUCCAUAUGAUAUUCAGCAGAUACGUGAAUUGGUUGAUAUGAAUCAUACUUAA